UCGAGCACCUUCUAGCAUCUUGUAGAACCUCAGAGCAUCUUUUAGCGUCAUCUAUCUGUCGAUCAGCAGUCGAACUGAAAAAAGAAAAAUGAACUUACCCGGACUCAGUGGCGCUUCUAAUCCUAUGACGUCAUCUCCAUCCACGUGUCGAUAACGGCGGAAAGUUUGUCAUUUCUCCACUUUUGACUUUGGACUAACGCGGGGAGGAAAAAAAGGACAGCUGUGGAGUUUGACGACGAGGCGGAAGGAUGGAGACUUUGUUCUACCUGCUCGUCCUCGCCUUCGCUCGGGGGUCUUCGGCUCUUGGCUACGCCGAGUCUCACGCGGUGCUCGGCGGCCAAAGAGCGGCCAGCAGACACAGGAACUGGUGUGCGUACGUGCUGACGCGCACUGUCAGCUGUGUGAUGGAGGACGGCGUGGAGACCUACAUCAAGCCCGACUAUCAGCGCUGCACCUGGGGACAGUGUCCUCGAGUGGCGUACCGGACGUACCGGAGGCCGAGGUACAAGGUGGCCUACAAGAUGGUGACAGAGAUGGAGUGGAAGUGUUGCCAUGGAUACUCGGGGGAGGACUGCCACGAAGGGCCGAGGGCAACGAGCGACAGCAAGCGGCCCGGCGUCACGCAGACGGGCGACACGCCCGGCGGCGGUGGAGAAAGUGGAAAUGGUGACAGGGAGAAGGUGAGGCAGCUUGAAGAGACCAUCAGCCGCCUGACCAAAGACCUCCACAGCAUGCAGACCUCCAUCCAUGAUGUGGACCAGAGGCUAUCCCGACUGAAUGGAGCCAUUGUGCCAGCGGACUCAGCCCAGCCGCACAUGAAGGAGACCAUCAACAACAUUCACAACAAGCUGGACCAUCUGUACAACAAGACCCAGGUCCACGACCAGACCCUGGUCAACAUCAACAACCACUUGGAGAAUGGAGGCGGCAACGAGCUGGACGGAGACGCCGUCGGAGGAGGAGGAGGAGCUAAGGGGAAGCAGCUGACGACGCUGAAGGAAGAAAUACUGACGGAGUUGGAGAGAAGAGUGACUCUGUCCUGCUCCGCCUGCCAGGCUGGCGUGGAGGAUGUGAGGCGGCAGCAGGAGUCGGACAGAGAAAGAGUGCGAGCGCUGGAGAAGCGGAUCAACUCCAUGGACCAACAUUUUAGGCAGAGCCUGCAGGUCCUUCAAAGUGAGACGGAGCAGUACCAGACGUGCUGCAAGACAGUCAGUGAGCUGGAGAAGAGAUUGUCUGACCUGGACGGCCAAGUCAGCGCCACUGCCAACAAGUGUGACACCAUCAAAGGGCGCCUGGACAAAGAGCUGGCUGGAACCGGGGGAGGGAAGGGAAGAGUGACUGAGGACAGGUUGAACGGCAAACUGCGGGAGUUGGAGAAGAGGGUGAAUAACACGGUGAGAAAAUCUGAACAGAAGUGCAUCAACACUGGGAACAACCUGAAGGACGGCGUCCAAAGAGACGUGACGCAGCUACGCAACGUGGUCCUCAGUCAACUGGAUGAGCACAGAUUCAAAAUCGGGAAGCUAGAGCUUGAUGUGUCUGUCCUUGGGGACACGGUUACAGACCACAGUCGACGCCUGAGCCACCUGGAGAACAUCACAAUCUUCCUGGACAGGAGGUUAACGGCGACUUCAAAAGUGUGUGACGACACAUGCGGGCUGAAGGACAAAGAACGCAAGACCGAAGACACCGUCAAAACCUUGGAAUGGAGGGUCGUGGCUAACCAAGGGGAAAUCCAGAAAUUUAACACAAGAUUAAAUGACUUGUCCGUGUCAGGUGACUCACUGGCAGACAGAGUCGAAAACUUAACAGAUGAUGUGAAAAAGAUCAUUGUUAUGACCGGAAAGGACGGUGAACACUUCAAUAGGAUCGUCUCAGAAGUUGACACGCUGAGCCAGGAUUGGGAAGACUGUUCAAUCUGCGCCAGUGUUGAUGAGGACUUACGUCUGCUGGCCAACUCCACCGCCGUCACGCUCAGCAAGUGUCAGACUGAAGUGGACGAUCUGCGGAGAACGGUGGAUUCAGGCGAAACGGUGUGCUCUCAGGUGUGCUCGAACCUUCAAGAAGAGGUGGGGCGACUCAGAGAAGAAGUGGAGGAGAGCAAUGCUCAGUGCAAAAUCAACAUUGACGACCUGACCAAUCGCCUUGAUGGUCACCAUGACCACAACGGGAGAUUAGGAGGCGACCUGAAGUCCAUCCAAGGAGAGUUAUCUAAAGUGAUGAUCACGUUCGGCUCCAUCAACAACACACUCAAAGGCAUGGGAACGACGAUACAAACCCAUGGGAACACCAUCAAUGAUCUGACCCACACCAAGGACAGGAUCCACUCUCAGGUGGACAUUUUGAAGAAGGACCUGUGGGACCACAUUGACGACUCCAGCGUUCGAUUGGACAGUCUUGGCAAAGACAUAGAAGUGAUCAGGAGUAACUUUGUGACGGAAGUCGGCGAGUGUCGGCGAGCAAGCGACGGCUUGGAGGGACGAUUCACCAAGCUGGAAGGAGUUUGCAGACGCUUUGACUCUUUUUCAGACAGCCUGCAGACGAUUAAGGAGGGCCUGAACCAACACGUGUCGGCUUUGUGGAACUGCGUCAACAGACUCAACGUGACAGUCACGUCUCAAGGAGGUCUUAUCGAUAAUAUCCAGAAUGUCCAGCUGGAAAAAGUCUAUGGGAACAUACACAGGCUGAACUCGUCUCUGCUGGACUUGAAGAAGGAGUUCUAUGAGUUCACAGAACAGGAUUUCACGGGCCCACCUGGUCUGACUGGUCCCAGAGGAGAGCAAGGAGCGCUUGGAGCUCAGGGAGCUGCGGGACCCCAAGGAAGGGUGGGACCCCCGGGUGAAAUGGGCAAACAAGGACCGGCUGGACCACCAGGCCUGAGAGGUGAACAAGGUGUUGCAGGUGCAGACGCCCACGUGCCCCGCCUCUCCUUCUCCGCCGCACUGACUCGACCAAUGAGAGGAGCAGGAACUAUUGUGUUCAACCAAGUCUUUGUCAAUGAAAACAACGUCUAUGACCCCAAAACAGGUUAUUUCACGGCCCCCGUCAGAGGAAGGUAUUUCUUCAGCGCUAUCCUGACCGGCCAUAAGAACAUGAAAAUCGAGGCGGUGUUGUCCAAGUCCAAUACGGGUGUGGCUCGGGUGGACUCUGCCGGGUAUCAGCCAGAAGGUCUAGAAAAGCCAAUGGCGGAAGCCAAACACAUUCCUGGCGCUCUGGCGGUCUUCAACGUCAUCCUGCCCAUGGAGGCGGGGGACACGGUCUGUAUCGACCUGGUCGCUGGCAAGCUGGCUUACUCCUCGGAACCUUUGACCAUCUUCAGUGGGACGUUGCUGUACGAGAACUUCUGAUCC